AUGGCACCUAGAAUCAACCAAGCUGGUCUCGAUUUGAUCAAAACAUCCGAGGGAUUCCGGUCACAAAUAUAUGAUGACUUGACUGGCAAAGUAAUAGCACCUGGCGAUAAAAUACAAGGUAAACCUACGGUAGGGUACGGACAUAAUUGCAACGCUAAGGGUUACGAGGGUAUCGAACUAUUAGAGGUAAUCAGCCGCGAACGUGGUGAACAACUAUUGCUAAAGGAUCUGGUUGGGUUUGAGGACUAUGUUUAUGGUCAAGUGCCAUUUGUCAACGAUAAUCAAUUCGCAGCCGUAAGUGUUUUAUUUUUAAAC